AUGAGUUUUAAAAAAUGGACACCCCGCAAGCAAGGCACACAGGUUGCUGCAUGUCCUGGUUUAUUCAAAUCAAAUGCCUUGGGAAGAAUAUUUACAGUCAAUCCAAGGCAGACUGAGUGCUUUUAUUUUCGACAGCUGUUGGUUAAUGUCACCGACUCAUUGUCAUUUCAAGAUAUACGUAAAGUCGAUGGACAUCAGCAUCCAACGUAUAAAGAUGCAUGCUUUGCACUCGGCUUGCUGGAAGACGACAACCUGUGGGAAUGUAUGCUUGCUGAAGCAGCAUUGAACUGUUCUGCAAAGCAAAACCGUUUACUAUUUGCUAUAGUAUUAACUACAUGUUUCCCGGCCCGUAUAGAAACAUUAUGGGAUAAUCACAAAAAUUCGAUGACUGAUGAUAUACGGUAUCAACAUCGCACACGUUGCAACGAUAGCAUUCAGCGACGCUAUGCACACUGA